AUGCCAAAAUAUAUGAGCCGUUCCGAGGCGGGGCUCUCACGAUGUGUACAUCUCCCCACUGAGGUUUUGAUUCAAAUUGCCAGUGCGAUUCUUGAUGAGUGGCCCGAGGAUGAUACUCCGGUCUAUCAGUCCACACUCCACGACUUCUGUCUUGUCUCCCGUCAGUGGUACUCUGCUGGGAUUGGCUUUUUGUAUCACCGCCCUCAGCUUGCUAGAGGGAACAGCUUUACGCAGUUCGCGAACACAGUGUGUCCGCCACUUCGCGCAAAGGACAGAAAAGUGGACUUGGGCUCCCUGGUCCAAGUCCUGGAUCUUUCGGGCCUGGUUCACCACAGCUCCAACAGUAUAACAGCACGGCUGCUGGGUCGUGUGAAGAAAAAUCUCAAGUCAUUCAUUGCUCCGAGGAUUUCAUUUGCAUUCAACAGCCUUGCCCCAAUUUCAAAAUGCAAAGAGAUGACCCAUCUCUCGCUUGGCCUAGUAGCCGAGACACUUGCACUUUCAGACUUAAGAAAGGCUAUCGGCCCCCUCAACCGGCUAGAGUCAUUACAGCUGCCACCUUCAAUGGUGAUCACCAGUGAUGGUUCAAAUGAGAGAUGGCCCCCGCACUUGAAACGACUUGCUGUGGGUGGAUUCUUUGAUUUGGAGGCAAUGCCAACCUUUAAUUGGCCCCCAGCCCUAGAAAGCUUGACCUUGGUCGACUGUGAAUAUUUGGCAGCAGUCCUGGAUGUAACAUCCAUGAACCAGCAGCUUUGCACCUCGUUAAAAGAAUUGGUCAUCCCCUCUUAUCACUGUGAUGCGCUUGCGGAAGAGCCUCCGGUAGGGUUGAGUCAAUUUGCGGCAUUACGAUAUCUUCAAAUACCUAUCGAUGGAAUGUUUGGAGCUGACAUAGCUCCCGUGUUCGAUGUGUAUGAUCUACCUCGGUCUAUGCGUGAGCUUGUCCUCACCACAGCGAUUGACGAGGCAUUUUCGAGGGUUGAUACCGAGGAGAUCUGCAAGGCUUUAAGAGGAGAGCUCUCCCAGGUUUGUGGGUUUGGCAUGAGCCCUAGCUGCUCUAAGCUAAUACCUCGAGCUACACGUGCCAACAUCGACAAGUUGGUCUGGGCGAAUAUUGAUGAUUGUCCUGAGAAUGAACUGGAUAAUCUCUAUGAUCUGGGUCUCUAUAUCACAGAAUCAUAG